AAACAGUUAUUCAUGAUCCAUCAUACAAAGCGUUGAGUUGUGUUAAUGUUAUCUGCAAUUCAUGCGUUAUAUAUUGAUUCUGUUUAAAUUACUCAAGUGCUAGUAUUAGCAGAAUACAUUUACUUUAUUCAGAAGCUGCAUGUUUACUGAUUGGACCCAGUGCAUCUACGUAGUGUAUAUAGACUAGUUAAAGAAGAAAUGAAGCCUUAAUUUUUUGGCACCUGAAUCAAUAUAUUCCUGCCAAAGAGGAAAUGGGCUAGGCAAAAAAAAAACCAACUGUUGGAUGUCUGUAUUAUCUUUUUUUGGUUUCAGAAAGUUUGAAAGAUCCAAUUCAAAAAGCUAUAUGGAGAUAUUAAAAAACUUUUAUUGCUCAGGAUAAGAGUUUUUAUGGUUUGUCGUACUAAAUGCAACAAGAAAUUUGAGUUUAAAAGUUUGCAAAAGUAGACCUUAAGUUUGGAUUUAGGUGGAUUAUUUGUUCAAGACAAAUGCUGUUUAGUAUUUGAAAUCGUUAGAUCAUCUGAAAUACUUCUUUGGCUUUAGUAAAUGUCAAACAAAAAUCUCUUUCUUGCAUUCAUCUUGAAAUGCAGUUGAAAACUUAGAAUGUAUUUUGUCUUAACUGUUGUUUUGAAGAAGGUUUUCUAGUUUCUUUUCAAAGAAGGGGAAAAAAAUACUACUUUGACUCAAUUCAUAGCAAUAUCUUAUUACAGGAUUUUACUAAUAAAAAUUUAUUGAAACUUAAUAGCACAAAACCAUGAAAGCCUAAAAAUAUCUGGAAUAGCUUAUUGGUACAGAAAUAUUUAUCUUCUGAAACAAUGAAUGGAAAAGAGGUAGCUAGAGAAAACCAACCAAAUUCUUAUCAAUAUCAGUGUAGUUCAACAGGAUUUAAGGGAAAAGUAAUAGAAACAUUGAAUAAUGUCUUUGGCUUCCAAGAUUUCAUAAACUCAGUCCAGGAAGAUGCCAUCAAAAGUGUAGCUUCUGCAUCUCAAGAUGUGUUUAUCUCUAUGCCAACAGGUGCUGGGAAGUCAUUGUGUUAUCAACUACCUGCUUUGGCUGGACAGAGAAAUGGUGUAACAGUGGUAAUCUCACCCUUGAUUGCAUCAAUGACUGUCCAGGUAAAACAAUUGCAAUCUCGUGGAAUUUGUGCAGAGACCUUAAAUUGCACUGUGAGCAAAGAAGAAAUAGCCAGAGUUAGUGAAGACCUGUGUUCUGCAUAUCCUUGUACCAAACUUUUAUAUGUUACUCCAGAGCAAGUUUUCACAGAUGAAUUUCAUUCAAUUUUGGAUCAGCUUUGCAAGAAUCGAAUGUUUGCUUAUGUAGCUGUAGAUGAAGCUCAUUGUGUCAGUCAAUGGAGUCAUGAUUUUCACCCACAUUAUCUAAAGUUAGGAGAGUUAAGAAAGAAAUAUUCCAGAGUUCCUUGGGUGGCUUUGACAAUAACAGUAUCUGUGACUGUUAUGAAUGAUGUUUUAUAUUACCUUAAUCUUAAACCACCUGUUGCUGUUUUCAAGGCAUCAAGUUUUCGUUCUAAUAUCUAUUAUGAUGUUGUUUUCAAAGAAUGCAUGGAUAAUCCAUUUGAUGAUUUGAAAUCAUUUGCUUUGUCAGCUUUAGGUAAAGAAUGGGAAUUUACUAAAAGAGGUUCUGGCAUUGUGUAUUGUCAAACAAAAGAAUCCUGUGAAAUGGUUGCUGACAAAUUGACCAAGCUUGGUCUUAACUCUAGACCAUGUCAUGCAGGACUCAAAGAUGAAGAUCAAUCCCAAGCUCAGCAUGACUGGAUGUUGGGUAAAAUAUCUGUAAUUGUUACAACAAUUGGCUUUAGAAAAGGCACAGACAUACCAUCUGUGAGGUUUGUUGCACAUUGGUCAGUUGCCCAUUCAGUUGAUGGAUAUUAUCAAGAGUCUGGGCAAGCAGGAGGGGAUGGCCAGCCUGCUAGAUGUCGUAUAUACUACUCAAGAGAGGACAGAAAUUUAAUUAUGGAUAUUUUGAAAAAGGAUGAGCAGGCAGCCAAGACCCAAGAAGAAAAGAUCAAAGCUCAUUCUGCUUAUAAAAGCUUUAAAAUCAUGAGAAAAUAUUGUGAGGAAGCUCAUUGUAGACACUCAUUUUUGAUGAAAGAGUUUGGAGAUGAAUUGUAUAAAUGCAAAAAAUAUUGUGAUGUUUGUUAUAAGCCCAGGUCAGUUGACCGAAGACUUGAUCAUUUUGAAGCUACAAGGGUGUCUAAAAAGAAAAAUUCCAAUCAUAGUGUGGAAACAAGUAAUGAGUUAUAUGAAGUUGAAAGACUGGAGCAAAAGAAAGAAAUUUAUAAUUGCAAGAAUACAUCUGGAGAUACCAACAGAGAAGAUCACAUUGAUAGAGCAGUUAAUAGUUUAUCAAACACCAUCAAAGCUGAAUUAGGAAAAGUUAAAGACGAAAAGUUGAUAAAACCACCCAAGAAUUCAAGAGUAUUAGAACCACUGAGCUCAUUUAUUUUAGACGUUAAUGUUAAUACUCGUGAAGAAUAUUUAUCAAAGUUAGAAGAAGAGAUAAAAGCUAACUAUAACACCUGUACUCCUUUAUUAAGUGGUUUCAGACUUGAAGAACAAGAUAUUUUAGACUGUGCUACUGAUAAGGAAUUUUCAAUUUUUAAAACAAAAAAGAACAUUGACAUGUACAAAAAAGAAUUUGCACAAGUCUUCAAAGCCUUGAGAGAGUCAUCUAAAAACCUGGAACUUCAUCCAUUGUUAGUGUGUUUUGAUGAAUCUCACAGUGCUUCUAAAAGAGCUCGUAAUGACACCUUAGUAAGUGGAAAAGACAUAUCAAAAGAGAGGUCAUAUAGUUUGUGUGACACUGUAACAAAAUCUAGUUUAUUAAAACAAGAAAAGCUUUUUUCCAGCUCUAAAGACUUGGCUAGUUCUACUAACUUAAGUAAUAUUGCUGUUAUUCAGAGAUCAAGUAAUUUUGGUUAUCAGUUGAAAAACCUGAUUCCUAGCUGUGCUAGUUAUUCUAGUAUUUUUACAGGCACACAGAAUAUGGUUUUAAAACGUAAUGAAGUUCAAGACUAUGAAAUACUAAAGACUCUGAACAGUACUGAAGAGGAAAAGAAAGAAAGUUCCUUUUCCUUUGAAAGGCCGCCAUUUGCAUAUGAAAGAACUGGAGGUCCUGUUGAAAUGGACAUUGAAAAAAUAGGAGCAAAUAAUUAUGAAUAUGAAACUUGUUCUAGUUCUUUCAAUCCAUUAAUGAAUAAUUUCAUUGAAAUUGAUAAUAGAAGUGGCACUAACAAUAAAAGCAUCAGUAGAUGUGUGGAAAAAGAAGAAAAGUCAGUUUCUUCAAAUUCUGGAAACAGUACUUUUCCACAAAAACGAGAAACCCAUGAUAAUAAUAACAUUGAGAUAGCAAAAAAGGCAAAAAUUAUGCAGUCAGCUUCUACUAAUCCUGUACACUUAAAAUCUGCUGCUGACUUAGUGAGAAAGUUUCUGAACCCUAAGUAUAAAGAAAACAAGUUAAGCAAAGAAAUGUUUAAAAAAAUUUGCAGAACUUUGUCUCAUAGAUUAGUGGAUCAGAACCAGGUAACAGAAAAGCAUGCCAAAGAAGCUGUCGAUGAAUUAUUCCAGAAAAAGAGGGCACUUAACUCUAUCGAUGAUGUAUAGUGAAAGAAUAAAAGUGUUUUAAAAACAUUUUCAGAACUUUAUCUUAUAGAUUAGUUGAUGAGAACCAUAUGACAGAAGAGCAUCCCAAAGAAGUUGUUGAUGAGAGAAACUUAUGUAUAGUGAAUGUAUAAGUGUACCAUAGAGUUUAUAUUAUGAACUCAAAACAUACACAUUGGCCUGACUUGUUUGUUUCCUAGAUAAAAGGAUAACAUGUAAUAGUAAUGUGGUGGAAGAUUGUACAACUUUAGAUACUACGUUUUUUCUUUUUUUUUAUAGAUUGUUUUGUGUUUCUAUAUAUUGUUUCUUUUCAUCUUUAAGCAAUUACUAAGAGCUGGUAAAACGUCAGUUUUAAAUUGACAAAGAAUAUGCUUUCUUUAAAGAAAAACUCAAAUAUGUUGAAUACUGAACAACAUUUAAAUUUAAUGAAAAUGUCAGUAUUCCUUUUUUGUAAUGAAAAAUGUAGCUCUUUGAUAUCUCGUGAUUUUCUUAUAUGAAAACUGAACUAAAUUUACACUUUCGUGUAACCAGAACUAACAUGCUUUAUGAUUUCAGGAUUGUUAUCUGAUUAGAGAAAACAAUUAAAAGUACCUCAUUUAUCUUGGUGUGUUUCAGUUGGAUAACACUGCUUUAAACUCAUCAUUGUAAAAGCCCCAAAAAUGUAUGCUAUGUUUCUGCCACCAUAUACAUAAGUAUAUAUAAAUUUUGUUUUCAAUGAAUGAUUUUAAUUCAAGCUGGUAUGUCAAGUUUACAUACGUAGUUUAUCAUUCACUUCAAAUUGUUAAUGUAUUUUAAUUAACAACUUUUGACAAAAACUAUUUAUAAUGGUGCAAUGCUCACAAAUAAAUACAUUAAACAUAUGGGACAACGGAACUUUUGCAGAAAUACACUACUUAACUGAAAAUCUUAAAGCUAAACUGUAUGAUUUCACUGUGUCUACAGUGAAAUAAUUCAUCUUUAAGGAUACAGUAGCUGUUCUGUGUAAUCAUUAUUUUUUUUGUUUUCCUUUAAAUCUUACUACCUGUUGUCAUGUUAUACUAUUAAGUGAACACUUUUCCUUCACAUGGCCAUUAGUGUGCGUGGAUUUGUAAGAACAUUAUGUGAGAUCAAUUGAUACUGUCACAUGUGAAUGGUUUUUUUUUAAAGAUAUUUUCAAGUAAGUAUAAUAGGUUGGACUUCACAGCUUUUCUCCAUUGUAAUCAUGAUUAAAAGUAACUAAUUUUUAAGUAAGUAACAAACAUAAUAAGUUUCUGAAUACUGUUGUCAGUCAUUAAAAUUUGUAUUGUCAAAUAAUACCCUUUU